AUUUCACUUUGUUCUUAAGUUAGACAUAUAUAGAAGAUAUAGGCAACAACAUCAAUUGAUAUUUUUAUUAAUCAAAUUCGAAGCACACAAUUACAAAGAAGAGACGAAGGAACAAUGAAGCAAAGGAUGGAAAUUCUUUGGAGCUUUCCUACUACAAACAUUGAGGAGUACGGUGAGAUUGAUUGGAAGGUUAAGGUUGAUUCCAAGAAUGUUAGCCUUGAGCGCAGUGCAGAUGGAGACUGCAACCUCAAGGUCAGCCAAGCCUUGGAUGAGCGAGCAACAUGGCUUUACAGGACAUGUCCUAGUGCUUGGGGUGGUCGGGGUUGUUGUCGUGGGGAUGCACUUAGAGCAUGUUGCAGAGGUGUAAGUGAAGAAGAGGAGGUUGAGAGAACGGAAGAGUGCAAGAGAGGUUUUGGAGCCAUUUGUUUGUGGAGUGCAAAAGCUCUAACAAAAGCUCAAGAAGUAGUAGUGUAUUUAACUUGCUUUGAGAUUGGUGGAGAGAAAUGCAUAUCUGUCUAUGUAGAUGCAAAUCGCAGUCCGCACCGUUUUAGGCACCGUCAGCUGUUGUGGUUGGCACAUGUAAGGCUGGUUACGCCGGAGAACAUGCUCAUAAGGCCGUUUUCCCUUUGUAGGUGGCUUAAAGAACUCAAGGAUGAGCUCGCUUUCCUCCAUAUCGCCAAAGUCACCGAAGGUACACACGUGCCAUAGUCAUGAGCUCAUUGUUGAUUCAACGUUGGAGCUUAACUAUGGAAACGUUAUGUUCUCUACUUGGGUUAAGUCAUGAAUGCUUGUGGAAAGUUUGUAAAAAGUCUGCAUAAACAUUUGAAAAAAAAUUAGUUCUAGAUACAUCAAUUCAGAUAAAAAGAUUGUUCUUGU